GCAUUUGCUAAUCCUGAAGACACAGCAUCAAUGGGGAAAGGAGAGAAUGCAAAGAAAUAUCUGAGGACUGAUCCUGAUGUGGAACGCGUACGGAGAAUCCAUCUCAACGACCUUGAGAACAUUAUUCCAUUUCUUUUCAUCGGAUUCUUCUACUCUCUUAGUGGUGUCACCCUCUCUACCGCUUUACUGCACUACCGAAUUUUUCUUGGUUCUAGGAUCUUUCAUACCAUUGCCUACCUGGUACCUCUUCCCCAGCCCAGUAGAGGUUUGGCUUGGGUGGUUGGUUACUUAGUUACCUUUUCAAUGAUAUACAAGCUUAUGAUGGUUGGUUUCAGUAUGUCUUAGAGAAGAAAGCUAACACCAUGUUCAGCCUGAUGUACUUUGGGGAGUGCCUUGUCAAUCCAAUAGAAGAGAAUAUAUGGAGGAGUCCUUGGUGCUCUCUGAGCUUGAUUGUUUGCAGACAUUUCAUUAUCCAACUAAGUAAUAUCAG